UGGGAGGCUGCCUAUGUCUUUAAGAAUCUCGGUGCCACAAUCUAUAAAUUAGACUGUCGGAAAAAUGGUUAUCAAAGUAUUCUUAGCAUCAUCGUCGGGAUCUACGGCGAUCAAGAAGAAACAGCAGGAUGUGCUGGGGCUCCUGGAGGCUCUUAAAGUGAACUACACGCAGGUGGACAUUGCCACUAAUGAGGAGAAUCGAGCAUGGAUGAGGGAGAACGUUCCUGGGGAGAAGAAGCCUGCCAACGGGAUACCGUUACCCCCGCAGAUCUUCAAUGAGGAAAACUACUGUGGGGACUACGAAACAUUUUUUGAUGCAAAGGAAGACAAUCAGGUGUUCGCCUUCCUGGGGCUGUCCCCACCCACAGGGUUAAAGGAAACACCAGCCAGUGAACACAAAAAGGAGGGAAAACAGGAAGAGGAAGUUGAAGGUUAUGAAUGGGAACAGGAGGCCAAGGAGGAAGAGGAUUUGUCUCUUUCUGAGGAGGAAGAGGAGCUGAGACAGCUACAGGUAGAUCAAUCUCUGUUUCUUACUGCUCUCUGGGAGAGCACUUGA